AACGAAGGGGAAGUAACGCAGAGUGCAAGGCUAACAAAAGUGGUUGAUCCGCCGCACUUCGAUAAAUCCGCCCCUUCACUCCUAACUCUCAUCGGACUCUUCGAGGUUUUUCCCUUUGUUGUCUCCUAUCUUCUUCCAUAUAUUCUUUCACAUCACUCCCCCACUUUCGCCAUUUCCAUUACUCUCCCUCUCCCUCUCUCUCUAAAAUGCAGUCCUCUCUGUCUCUCUCCUUCUCUCCCAGCUCCUCUGCUUCCACCGUUUCCAGAUCAUGCCGCUCUUCUCAGUGUUUAGCGCUCAGUGACAAUGGAAGGCUUUUGAAUUUCCGCUUCUGCGGUUUAAGGCGCGAGGCUUUAGGAUUCACUGCUCUCAAGCUCAGUGAUAGCAAUCGUAGAGUGCAGCUCCCUGGCUGCAGGCACUUCAAGAAAGUAGCGGCUGCGUUGUCCGGCAAUGGGGCUCCUCCGAAAUCGUUCGAUUACGAUUUGUUGAUUAUUGGAGCUGGCGUCGGAGGCCACGGGGCGGCGAUUCAUGCCGUCGAGAAGGGUCUGAAAACGGCCAUUGUUGAGGGAGAUGUUGUUGGAGGAACCUGUGUAAACAGAGGCUGUGUCCCUUCCAAAGCUCUUUUGGCAGUAAGCGGACGUAUGCGUGAACUGCAAAGUGAUCAUCACUUAAAAUCCUUGGGCUUACAGGUUUCUGCUGCUGGGUAUGACAGGCAGGGAGUGGCUGAUCAUGCUAAUAACCUUGCUUCAAAAAUCCGUAGUAAUCUGACCAAUUCAUUGAAGGCACUUGGAGUGGACAUACUCACAGGUUUUGGAACAAUUUUGGGUCCUCAAAAGGUGCAAGUUGGUUCUUCAAAAACCAUAGUAACUGCAAAAGAUAUAAUCAUAGCAACCGGUUCUGUUCCUUUCGUUCCCAAGGGCAUCGAAGUUGAUGGGAAGACUGUGAUUACCAGUGACCAUGCGCUCAAAUUGGAAUCUGUUCCUGAUUGGAUAGCAAUUGUAGGAAGUGGUUACAUUGGCCUUGAAUUCAGUGAUGUCUAUACAGCACUUGGAAGUGAGGUUACUUUCAUUGAAGCCUUAGAUCAACUUAUGCCAGGAUUUGAUCCUGAAAUUAGCAAGUUGGCUCAGAGGGUUCUAAUAAAUCCCCGACAUAUUGACUAUCAUACUGGAGUUUUUGCCUCCAAGAUCACUCCUGCAGGGGAUGGGAAGCCGGUUAUCAUUGAGCUCAUUGACGCAAAGACUAAGGAACCUAAGGACACUUUGGAGGUGGAUGCUGCAUUAAUAGCAACUGGAAGGGCUCCAUUCACACAAGGACUUGGCUUGGAAAAUAUUGAUGUUGCAACGCACCGUGGUUUUGUUCCUGUGGAUGAGCGCAUGCGAGUAAUUGAUGCAAAAGGAAACCUGGUGCCUCAUUUAUAUUGUAUCGGUGAUGCAAAUGGCAAGAUGAUGCUUGCUCAUGCUGCCAGUGCUCAAGGAAUUUCAGUGGUUGAACAAGUCACCGGAAGAGAUUAUUUGCUCAAUCAUUUAAGCAUCCCAGCUGCUUGUUUCACUCAUCCUGAAAUCAGCAUGGUUGGAUUGACGGAGCCUCAAGCAAGGGAGAAAGGUGAAAAAGAAGGAUUUCAAGUAAGCGUUACCAAAACAAGUUUUAAAGCCAACACAAAGGCCCUAGCAGAAAAUGAAGCGGAGGGACUUGCCAAGUUGAUAUACAGGCCUGACAAUGGAGAGAUUCUAGGAGUUCAUAUAUUUGGGUUGCAUGCUGCAGAUCUUAUCCAUGAAGCAUCCAAUGCAAUCGCAUUAGGGACACGUAUUCAGGACAUUAAAUUUGCCGUUCAUGCUCAUCCAACUUUGUCUGAGGUGCUUGAUGAGCUAUUUAAAUCUGCAAAGGUCAAAGCACAAGCUUCUAGCCCAGUAAGUGAAGCAGUUGCAGUCUAACCAUCAGAGUAUAAAUUAUUGAAGAAAUUUGCUUGUGAUAGGGAGUUCCAAGAUAUUGCACAUCUUCAGACAGAGGACAAGAGCACAUAAACAAACCUGUAGAAGAAGAAAACUACUCGAGGGAAUCGGCCGAGAAUGAGCGCCACGUAAUACUUGUUUUGAUAUUUCAUUUUCUUAGUUUUUUUAGUACCUUACAUAAUUUUUUAUGUUCGUUAGUAUUGCGCUCUAGAGACCUCUUCUCCUCUUUCACGAGGGGCCUUUAGAGCGGCCUAUUGAUGUUUUUGAGAUACGUUGGUUUUGAACCCAAUAAAAACAUAUGCUCGAUUAUAUGUUUUC